AUGUUAAAGGAUGGGCGUGUUAACAAAACGGAACCCACAAGAUGUCUAGAACUUUUCGACUGUGGUCACAUCAUAACAGUUAAAGAAAUGGACGAAUGGAUUUUGCGUCAACAGAGCAGUGACGUUCAACUCAUGCGUUGUCCAAGAUGUCCUAGAUCAAUUACAUUCAGCUAUCGCUAUGGAAAUCUCGUCAAAAGGACACUGAGGAACAUUGACAUCGUCAAGACACAAGUACACCAGCUUGCAGUUGACGUUUCCAAGUCUGUCCAUGUCUUAGGAAAGGAUCUAAGGCACCUAAAGUUUGAUGUGGAGAAGCUGAAAUUUCCGCAAACAGUUCCUCGCAUUAUGCAGUUCUGUUUUCCACAAGAUGUACGAAUGGAUGAGAGCACGAUUCUGUUUCUUUUUAUAGCUAAGAAUCACUUGACGAUUCUUAAGAAAGUACAGGCAUCACAGCAAGUUCUAGCAAACGUGCACGCAGCCCAAGGUAUCUCCUCACAGCAAGGGGACGUGGAGCAACUCGAAAACAUUACCAUGAAUGCGCUAGAAAAUAUCAAAGAAUACCUUGAGCAACCUCAACUCAAUUUGAAAACUCUUUGUCAGGUGCACGAACAUACAAGGAAGUUCUUUCUCUUUAGUCAUGUGCUAGAGGCACAAAUUGAAGCUGCAAAACACCAAAUCUUUUUUUCAAGAACAGGUAGCACUCGACUAAAGUUGGCAUGCGAUCGCUUUGCAGUGUUUGUUAAGGGUAACGAUCGUGCUCUAGGUCUUGAAUGGCUGAGAGGAACAGUCCACUUGCUAAGAACGGAGCUGCAACUUCCACCCUUACCGCCCGAGGAAGCAGAAGACUUCGCCAAUUUCCCAGGGUACCAAAAAGGUGUCUGGAAAUCAUGCGACCAAGGCCACGUUUAUUUCACGGGAUGGAUAGUGCGAGGUGGCGAAGACAUUCCGGUGGGAAGCGAAGGCUGUAGUCGGUGUAGAGCGAGAGAGUAG